CUCCUUAGUGUGAAAACCGUGAACAUGGCAACCCGGCUGCAGCGGUCGUCAUGGUAACGCGUGUGUCUGAUGGCGCGGCUGCUGGGAGAGACGGUGUAUGAGAUCAGCGCGCGGGGACCCGCCCCGAUCAAAGACCACUUCUGUCUACAGAUCACUCGGACUGAGGUGAUCUGGCGAUGGUGGAGGAUUUCUCUGCGCGCUAAUUCCCGCAGCAUGAGACCGGGAGAAGUGAGGGAGUCACACGGCGAGUAUCUGGACGACAGACGGCUGCAAGGUCAGGUGUUGAUGGUGUUCGGUCCCCGUGUGCUGCAGUACUCGGUGUGUCUGUGUCAGGGACAGUACGAUUAUCUCCACCGUCUCCCGGACUCGUUGCUCCUCCUCAUUAUGGCACACCUGGAGCUGGAGGACGUGGCGCGGCUGGCGCUCACCUGUCGCAGGUUCAGGGAGCUCUGUAGCUCGGACCAGUUCUGGGAGCAGACCGUACGCCUGCGCUGCGACACGGUGUCCCCCGGGAUGGAGGAUCUGGCUCGAGACGUGGGAUGGAGGUGUGUGUUCUUCACCAACAAACUCCAGCUCCAAAAGCAGAUCCACCGCCGCAGGGCGGGAAACGACCUCACACACACGGCGGAGGGACACGGCGACACGUCUGAGCAAUAACACGGAAGCGUCACACACCAGGACACACAGUGCACACACUCCAUACUCAAACAUUUUAAUACACAGUUCACACUUUAUAUAAAAAGAAAUCAUCGUUUGCUUAAUAUUUCAGAGCAAUUUUGUAAAUUAUAUUCAAGAAGAAAAAAUAAUUUUUAACUGUAUGUUAAAAUAUUAAUUUGGUUCUUAUUAAUUAUAU